UUUUUUUAGGGUAAAUUUUUAAUUCAUUCAAAAGCUUUAAAAUUUACCAAAAAUCUGUUUUUAUAAUACGAAAUUCAGUUGAGCUCUUCUUACAAUACAAAAUAAUAACAAUCGAGAAAUGGAACGUGGAAAGAGGGUGAUGCAGCCUGAAGCCGAUUUUGAUUUAAAUAUGGUACCGCAUGAAGCCGCUUUCGAUCUAAACAUGGAAGUGCCCAAAGCCGAUUCCGAUCUAACAAUUAAAUCAAUGGAUGAAAAAGAAGAUCGCAUAAUAACGAUGGAGGAGAAAACUAGGAUUUGCGAGAUAGAAGCCGGACUUGAUCAUGUGAUGGUAACAUCGAAAAAAGAAAAAGAGCGUAAGAAGGAGUUGAAGAAGAAGCUGAUAGAGUACAUUGAAGAAUACGAUAUCCCUAUUGAAACCAAAAAAGUGGAGAAAAUUGAAGAUCCAAACAUCUUGUGUGAAUCUAUAAUAUUUCUGAAAGAAUUGAUGAAUAUGGAUCCAAAGGUUUCCUCACCUCAAUCGGCGUUCUCAAAUGAUAAGAAGAAUCAGUAAUAUACUAUAAUGGUGAUCAUCAUUAUCAUUAUAAUGAAUCAUAUUUUAUCAAUUUACUGUUUGUUUCUUUCUCCAAAAUUUUCAUGAACAAUAACAGAUUUAAUAAUUGA